AUGAAGAAUAACUUUACUAUGGAGAUGGCUAUAAAGGCUGGAGACAUUUUACUAACAGAGAAACCUUUUGUUUAUGUCUUGUCUUCUAAAGAAAAGGGAGUAAGAUGUGACAACUGCUUACAAAAAUUAAAGGUUCUCAAGUGUUCAGGAUGCCAAUUUGUGCAUUAUUGUGGGCGUUUAUGCCAGAAGAAUGCUUGGAAUGAACAUAAGUGGGAGUGUGCUAAUUUAAAAAGAGUUGCUCCCAAAAUUAUUCCUGAUGGUGCUAGAAUGCUGGCAAAAAUUAUCAAUAGACUGGGUAGAGGAGAUGGCCACUCAUAUCGUGCUUAUUAUUCAACAAUGUCGUUUCGAAUGUGGAAAGAUUUAAUGUCACAUUAUCCUGACUUGAAAAAGGAUGUAAAAAGAAUGGACCAUUUCACAUCACUUUGUGUAGUACUAUUUGAGUUUCUACAAGACAUAUCGCUGCCAAAUACUGUGGAACUUAUGGGAAUGUAUGGAAGAAUGGUUAUUAAUAGUUUCACAAUAUUAGAUAUAGACAUGAACUCCAUUGGUACUGGUAUAUAUUUAGCUUCGUCAAUUAUUGAUCACAGCUGUAACCCUAAUGCAGUGGCCACUUUUGACGGAAAGACGAUCAACAUCAGAGCUAUAAAAGAUAUGCCUCUCUUAGAUUGGAGACAGAUUCGCAUAUCGUACAUAGAUCUGCUGAAGACGCCAUACGAUAGGCAAACGGAACUCCUCGAGAACUAUUACUUCUUGUGCGAGUGUGACAGGUGCUUUGAUGAGACGCAACUGAAAGUGUUGCACGCUGCGAAAUGUCCAAAUUCUAAAUGCGACAAUCCCGUCAAGAUCCCGUGGAGGGAUAGCUGCGAACUGGUAAGAAAGCCCUCGGCAGGCACACAAGACGAUCAGUGCAAUCAAAAUGGCGACCCAACAAAUGGACAUUGCGAUAUCGACGCAACGAAUAACAUCGAAGCUGGCCCUAAAGAUCUGGAAUGCAGCGCGUGCGGCGCGAAAUGUUCAGAGAAAUAUGUUGAUGUGUUUAAAAAGGCCAUGGAAUUUACUGAGAUGCAUUUGCUGAACAUGAAGGGUACUUCGGUGGCGUACGUCGACGUUUGCAAGUUUUGUCUGGAGAAGCAAGAGGGCGUUCUACAUCCGUUGAACGUAAUGCACGCGCAGACAUUAGACCACGCCUUCGACGCGCUUAUUCAGGUGCAGUUAUGGGAGACAGCUUGCGUUUAUGCGGAGAGACUAAUCCCUUGCUUUAGAUUCUAUUAUGGAGAAAGACACCCACUGGUAGGACUGCUGCACUUGAAAUAUGGUAAAAUAUUGUUAUAUAAAAUGGAUUUGCCAAAAGCCUUGGAACAGUUGAAGAUGUCUGAAAAAAUUUUGAAGAUCACACAUGGUGAUAGACACCCAUUGUAUAAGGAACAGUUACUGCCUUUAUUAAGUCAAGCUAUGUUGGAAUGU